UUGCAACACUUUUGCACACAUUCCGCCCGAACAAAAAUCUAAAAAAAAUCGCCCUUUUCAUCAAAACGUUUAGUUUAUUUCUCUGCCCUCAGCUACAGCUGACAUUGCGGAGUACGUCAAGCCGCUGAUAAUUUGUUUACCUUCGUCGCUGCCAGAAGAAUUAUUACACAACCCACAAAGGGCCCGUGUUUUUCGUCGGUGUGCAUCGUCGCUGCAGUUUAAAGGCCGCACGGUAUUUCACUUGCAUCGCAUCUCCCCGCCCGCAAAGCGCAGCUACCAGGAUGCCGGAAGCCAACCUGCCGAUCGUGAACACGCUGCGCCUGCGGCCACUGACGAAGGAAAACAUCCUCUACUACUACUUUCCGCUGAAGGGCAUGCUCAGCUAUGCGGCACUGUCCGUCAACGUAAUGAACCCUUCGAUUGCGAUCAAACUGCUACCAAAGCGUGACGUGACCAACUUCCUGUUGCUCCACACCGUCCUCGGCACGACGCUGUUCAUGUACAGCCGGCCGCACCUGAAGGCGGUGCCAUCGAACAAACGGGUGGCGUACAGCAUUUGUGGCUCGGUGCUGUUCAGCUUCGGCUCGGUGCUGGUGUGGGCCGUCAUCCGGUCGGCCGUGCCGCGCAACCAGGGCCUUGCCACCGUGCUCGGCCUGUCGUCCGGUCUGCUGAUGGCCAAGCUGGGCUACGACUACAUGGACAACAACGACAGUCUAGCGGUAGCGAAGAAGAACUAAGCCACGGGAAGGGUUUCGUUUAAUUUCACCCCGCCCCCAACAACUAUUGAGUCAUUUACAUCGCAGACCCUUUGCCAUUGCCGGGCAGGAGAAGGAAGACUGCAAUCGGAGCAAUCGGAAAAUGUGGCAGCAAUUGUGCGCUGCGGUUUGAUUUAGUUGAAACAUUCGGCAAAAUACACCAAGAUUGUUGCUAUUUCUAUUACCUUACAA